AUGGCUCGCAGCAUCCAGAUGUUUUCCGAUCGAGCCGAUAGAGCCUGGGCCAGGCUGCCCAGUCAGUCUGUACAGCUCCCUUGGGAGGUCAGUUUCCAGUCGUGUUUGGAGCUUCCCCUCUCACUCAAUUUUGAGCGCCCCACAAGAGUCCGCGUGCCGGAAAGGAGCGUGGUCCCCGUAGAGACCAAGAAGCCGCGCGUCGACGGCUCGUCGGUGCUGUCAGUGGCAGUGAAGGUCUCCGCCAAACCUUGGCACGAAGAUGACCGACGUGGAGCAGCGCUGUUCCAGCUCCAGGCCAUCGUGGAAGGAUGGCCAGAUGCCUUUGGUAUUGUCGCGCUCUGCCGUGCAGACGCAAAUGGCACGCUGGACUUGGACGAGCUGUCGUACAGCAUAGCCAGCGCCUGUGCGCACAAGGCCACCGGAACAAUAGUCCGCAGACUUUCUUCCCUUAACCAUUUCGUGACGUGGGCCGACUCCGUUCAAGCUUCGCCCUUCCCAGUGACGGAGAGAGUCUCCUGGAUGUACCUCACCCACUUGGACCGUUCCGAGGCGCCGUGGUCGAAACCCGGCGGGUUCACUCAGUGCGUCAACUGGUGUCGAGGCGUCCUCGGUCUGAAAGUCGAGGACUACAUGACCUCGAGCCCUCGCGUCGUGGGCCUUUGCAAAGGCUUCGAGGCCAAGGCCCCUCCGCCCCGCCGGGCGCCUGCUCUGGCUGUGGAAGAAGUCAAGUUCCUCGAGGGUGCCGCGGCCUUCGCUGACAAUGCGCCCGACUGCGUCAUUGCGGGUGCGCUAUUGUUUAUGAUGUUCAGCUGCGCCAGAGCCAGCGAUGCGGCCAGGAUGGUAACUCUUGAGGUCGACUUUUCCGACCCAGACGAGUCCACCGUGUGGAUAGAGGGCUCCGUCUCCAAAAGCAAGACGGCCAUGGGGGCUAGAGCACGCCUGUUGUUACCACUUCUGGCGCCGUGCGUUUACCUGGAGACUCCGUGGAUCCCACAGUGGCUGGAGGCGCGUGUCUCCCUCGGCCUUUCGGUCAAAGGAGCUAUCGAUAAGGGUUCUCUGAUCCCGCACUUCGGGGAAGAUGGCGUCCCUACCGGAAACGCCAUGUCCUCGCAGCAGAUCACCAAGUGGCUGCGAGGCAUCCUGGCAGAGGUCUCCCCGGACUCUUCCCGUCUCUCCAGCCACAGCCUGAAAGCCACGGGCCUGACGUGGGCCGCGUCGGCCGGUGUCGCCCUGGACACGCGGCGCUUGUUAGCACACCAUGUGCAUGAUAGUGCGCGUAGCACGGAGACCUACAGCCGAGACGUUCUCGCGCCAGCUGCGCGCAUUUUCGAGGAAGUCCUCCUCGCCAUCCGUGAUGGCGACUUCGUUCCUGACAACCCGCGUGGGAGUCAAAUCAGGACUAGGCAGCGUGUUUUGGCCUUCAACAAACCAGAUCCAGUCGUGCCGGAGGGAGCUCUGCGUCGGAGUUCAAAUGUUCCUCCCGACCUGGACAACGAGGUCUCAGCAGCUGCGUCGGCCGAGCAGCCGGCGCCCGCGCCCGAGCACAUGACUGAUACCACAGAUAGCGAGUCGGACCGACUCAGCGAGGAGGACAUGCCGACAGACCCCCCUUUGCCCGGGAACCGUGCUCGCCGCGAGGCAGUGGCAGCUCUGCCACCGUGGUGCCAGUCCUUUAUGCACGCUGUCAGUGGCUGCCUCCACGUUCAAGGGGUCGAGAUGCGGAAUCGUCUUCUUUGUGGGCGGACGUUGUCUGACAGGUACGUUACCAGCGACGCCAUGGUUUCCCUCGUUGACAGCAAGGCCGAGUUUAAAAGCAGAGCCGAGGACUUGCUCGGGAGCGACCCUUUCAAAAAUCUGGUAAAGGAGAACGUGGAGUCCUUUGCCGCCCUUGCGUUCUCUGUGGCCGAUCAGCCCAACCAUAUUGACGAUAGCAAGCUGGAAGAUCUGGCGAAAAAGAUAUUUCCGGCGCCCGGGCCCACGUUGGGCCACGCGGGAGCUUUGCGACGUCUCGCCUUUGAAGGCUUGGCCUUUAGCCUGCAGGAUUUGAAGGAUCGGGGCGACCCCGAGGCAUCCAGCAAGAAGUACUUGCCCAGCCACGAGAGAGAACACAAGAGGAAAGAGCAAGUUGCUCGCCUCACUGGGGUCCUCCUGGAAGGUGACUUGGAGCCUUCCAACGGUCUCGUAGACCGCGCGGCGGCCAUGUUGCACGACGGCCUCGUGCGUUACAUUCCGCCGUCCGCAUGCGUGAGUCGCGACGCGGAGGUCGCCGCCGUGCGGCGAGACAAGGAGUUCUUUGCCAUCGAGAAUGGCGAGCUUACCCUGAAGAAGAAGGACAACGUGUUCAAUGCGGACGUGGCAACCGACUUCAAGCUGCAGCAGGCUUUCACCAGGAGAGGUGUGGCCCUAGACCGCGUCGGUCUGGUCUCCUUCAACGUGCACGAGCGUCUCGUGCGAAACUACUUUUUCCUGGCGAGCCGGGCCGCCCCGCCUGGCUACGCCAAGCCCGGUGUAGGCGCAAUUAUCAAGGCCGACAAAGAGCUCUGGACGCUGUUGUCCCGAGAGUGUCGUGACGGGUGCAAGCCCAACGCAGCAGGCGUGGCUCCUUUGGACGCCUUAAUUGCAGCCAAGCAGAACGACACGUGCGUCACGUUUAGCCUCUUCCCCCUGCCACAAGCAGAUGGCCGGGGCCGCGAGUGGACGAAGGGCAGAGGCGCUGGCAAAGGAGGGAAGGGCCGUGACCCUAAAGGAUCUGGCAGGAGUCGCACCCCCAAAGGCCGGGGCAGGGGGAGGGGGAAAGGGAAGCUUUCCGCGCCUACCCUCCCGACCGAGAAGAAGCCCCCGAUGCCUAAGGAACUGCGCCCCUUUCAGCCGCAUGACGAUCACGGCAGACGUUACUGCUAUGGAUUCAACCUGGAGGAGGGCUGUGACCUCCCGGCGUCCGGGAAGCCCCCUGAGUGUGACCGCGGACUGCACGUUUGCAUGUCCUGCGGGUCCAAGGACCACGGGGCAGGGAACUGCCCGGCAAACAAGAAGCGUGAGUGA